AAAGUCUCCAAACAUCACAUCGUGUUGCUGGCUAUCGCAUCGCUAUUGCUCUGAAUUGCUGUCCACAUAGCAUUAGUAGCAUUUCUAUCUCCACUGCAGCCGGUUGCUUGCAGCGCGUCUGCUGGGCUCUCAAAAUGUCGACUCGGCAACCUUCCCGUGUUGUAUUUGUCGGAAACAUCCCCUAUGGCUUAACGGAAGAGCAAAUAACAGAAAUCUUCAGCGGUGCCGGAAGGGUGUUGAACUUCCGUUUAGUCUACGAUCGGGAAACUGGGCGGCCAAAAGGUUUUGGCUUCGCCGAAUUUCCUGACUACGAUUCCGCGGCUUCAGCUGUACGGAACCUGAACGACUACGAGAUCAUGGGUCGCAAGUUGCGUGUCGAUUUCAGCAACGAAACGGUCAAUGAUGACGACAACCGCGACCGGGAUGGAGUAACUGGCACCGCAGGUGGCAGCUACGCCCAUGCCUCUGCCACCAACGGCGGCAGCACAAGUGCCCCAGCUACAGCAGGAGGCGGCUCUUCCCUGCCUCCGCUUCCUCAGGGCAAGGACCUACCCCCGGGCGUGAGCUGCACGGAUGCCAUCUCCCGAACCCUAAACACUCUCCCGCCGGCGCAGCUGCUCGACAUUCUGCAGCAAAUGAAGACCCUCGCCACCAGCGAUCCGGUUCGCGCCACCGAGCUUCUUACGCAAGCCCCGCAACUCAGCUACGCCGUCUUCCAAGCGCUGCUCAUCAUGGGCCUGGUCUCGCCGGACGCGAUCAACUCGGUCCUCGAGCCGGGCGCAGCCGGCGCUGUCCCCCAGCCGGCACCCGCAGGGUACGGGCCUCCCGCGACCGCGACACCGCCCACUGCCGGAGUGGGUGGAUACGCGCCGCCACCUCCCGCGGCCGCGCCAGUUGCUGCCCCGCCGGCACCGCCGGCCCAGGAUCCGGAGGCGCUCAUGCGUGCUGUCAUGGAGCUGCCGCAGGAGACGAUCGAUAUGCUACCCGAGGCGGAGAAGCAGCAAAUUAUGGCGCUGCGGGCUAGCUAUUCUGCGCACACACGCCGCUAGAUCAGGCAAGUGCUGCCAGGAAUCUUACAGAUGAAUCGGGGUAGGAGGUUUCGGUAAAGAAUGGGGUUUCACUGCAUGGAGGGUGUCCGUUAUUUUACUGGCGUUUUGGGUUUAGGGCUACACUAGGCAGAAAGGCAAGAUACAUGGGAACUGUCCAACGCGGUUGCGGACACUGCUGGUCCCACAGCGAGGGUGAUAUGCCAUGACCUUCCUUUCAUACGAAAGCAGUCGACUGCACGUUGUUGGGACGUUUCUCCGCUCAACAGAAGACCUAAAAGGACGAACGC